GCUGUCGCCUGACCGGAUGGUGACAGGACUUUUAGUCUAAUGUGGGCACUUUUGUGUUGUAGUCCUCAGUUUGUUUCUUCGGUCCUGCUCGGACAGUUGUCCGGACUCUUGGCUCUUCGCUCCUUUGUGUUUUAAUGAAGUAAACUCACACAGACUGUGACAGACUACAGUGCCAUCUGGGAACUUUUGGUUUGCUUUAAGAGCGACACUUUAGCGCUUAUUUGACAAGGGAGGGGAUCAGGAGAGACCCCGCUGGCCUGACAGAGGUGCCACGAUGGGAAACCGGGGGAUGGAAGACCUCAUUCCCCUCAUUAACAAGCUCCAGGACGCCUUCAGCUCCAUCGGCCAGAGCUGCAACUUGGACCUGCCGCAGAUAGCGGUCGUGGGUGGUCAGAGCGCAGGGAAGAGCUCUGUGUUGGAGAAUUUCGUUGGGAGGGACUUUUUGCCCAGAGGGUCUGGCAUUGUCACCCGUCGUCCUCUCAUCCUCCAGCUGGUUAACAAUAAAGCAGAGUAUGCAGAGUUUCUGCACUGUAAGGGCCGCAAGUUUGUGGACUUUGAGGAGGUCCGUCAGGAGAUCGAAGCAGAGACAGACCGUCUCACUGGAUCCAACAAGGGCAUCUCCCCCAUCCCCAUCAACCUCCGUGUCUACUCCCCUAAUGUGCUGAAUCUGACUCUGAUCGACCUGCCGGGGAUGACCAAAGUGGCCGUGGGAGACCAGCCUCCAGACAUUGAGCACCAGAUCAGAGACAUGCUGCUGCAGUUCAUCACCAAGGAGAGCUGCCUGAUCCUGGCCGUCACCCCGGCCAACAUGGACCUGGCCAACUCCGACGCCCUGAAGAUUGCCAAGGAGGUGGAUCCUCAGGGCCUGCGGACCAUCGGUGUGAUCACAAAACUGGACUUGAUGGACGAGGGGACAGAUGCACAAGACAUCUUGGAAAACAAGCUGCUGCCACUCCGCAGAGGUUACAUUGGGGUCGUGAACCGCAGUCAAAAGGACAUAGAUGGAAAGAAAGAUAUUCGUGCUGCUAUGGCUGCUGAGAGGAAGUUCUUCUUGUCCCACCCUGCAUACAGACACAUUGCAGAACGCAUGGGCACACCACACCUGCAGAAGACCCUCAAUCAGCAACUUACCAACCACAUCCGCGACACAUUGCCAGGGUUACGCAGUAAACUGCAAAGCCAGUUGUUAUCACUGGAGAAGGAAGUAGAGGAGUACAAGAACUUCCGCCCUGACGACCCUGCUCGCAAGACCAAAGCCUUGCUUCAGAUGGUGCAGCAGUUUGGUGUGGACUUUGAGAAGUGCAUUGAAGGGUCUGGGGACCAGGUGGACACCUCCAACUUGUCUGGUGGAGCAAAGAUAAACCGCAUUUUUCAUGAGCGCUUUCCCUUUGAACUGGUGAAGAUGGAGUUUGAUGAGAAGGAGCUGAGGAAAGAGAUCAGUUAUGCCAUCAAAAACAUCCAUGGCGUGAGGACAGGCCUGUUCACCCCUGACUUGGCAUUUGAAGCAAUAGUGAAAAAUCAGGUCAUUAAGCUGAAAGACCCCUGUCUGAAAUGCAUUGACCUCGUCGUUACCGAGCUUGUCGCCCUGAUCAGGAAGUGCACUGAAAAGCUGGGUUCGUACCCUAGACUGAGAGACGAGACAGAGCGAAUUGUCACCACCUACGUCAGAGAGAGAGAGGGCAAGACCAAAGACCAGGUGCUGCUGUUGAUCGACAUUGAGCUCUCCUACAUCAACACUAACCAUGAGGACUUCAUUGGAUUUGCCAACGCCCAACAAAGGACUGCUGCUAAUGUUACCAAGAAGAGAGUUAUGCCCAAUCAGGUGAUCCGCAGAGGCUGGCUCACCAUCAACAUCAGUAUCAUGAAGGGAGGAUCCAAGGACUACUGGUUUGUCCUGACUGCCGAGUCUCUCUCCUGGUACAAAGAUGAAGAGGAGAAGGAGAAGAAGUACAUGCUACCUCUGGACAACCUGAAGCUGAGAGAUGUGGAGAAAGGCUUCAUGUCCAGCAAACAUGUCUUUGCCAUCUUCAACACUGAGCAGAGGAAUGUGUAUAAAGACCUGCGACAGAUUGAGCUGGCAUGUGACAGUCAGGAGGAUGUCGACAGUUGGAAGGCUUCGUUCCUGAGAGCUGGUGUUUACCCAGAGAAAGAUCAGCCUGAGAACGACGAUGCGAUGAAUCCUACUGACACCCUGUCCAUGGACCCUCAGCUGGAACGGCAGGUGGAGACCAUCCGCAACCUCGUGGACUCCUAUAUUGGCAUCGUCAACAAGUCCAUCAGAGACCUCAUGCCCAAAACCAUCAUGCACCUCAUGAUCAACAGCGCGAAGGACUUUAUUCACUCCGAGCUGCUGGCCUACCUGUACUCGGCCGGGGACCAGGGCAGUUUGAUGGAGGAGUCGGCAGAACAGGCUCAGAGGAGAGAUGAGAUGCUGAGGAUGUACCACGCGCUGAAAGAGGCCCUGGUGAUCAUUGGAGACAUCAGCACCACCACCAUUUCUACGCCGGUGCCUCCACCAGUAGAUGACACCUGGAUAGCCAAGGACCCAAGCCCUCCACCAGCAUCUCGCCCUGCCUCAGCAUUCGUGCCCCCUCCCAGUCGACCCCCAGCAGUGAGGGGGCCGACCCCCGGUCCUCCACCACCCCUCAGCACCUCUCCAGCUUUCGGAGUACCACCCGUGCCCUCUCGACCCCCGCCAGGCCAAACAGCGUACGCAGCCGAUCCCAAUUCUGGAGGCGUGCCUCUUAUUCCAUCAAGGCCGGCCCGGGUGCCUCCUGCGCUGCCGCCGGGGAUUCCCAGCAGAAGACCCCCGGCUGCUCCCAACCGGCCCACUAUCAUACGUCCUUCAGAGCCCUCCCUGCUUGACUAGAAACGCAUUCGCAAGCACGUUUUCUUCUUGUUUACACUUUGUCCUACUGUAACUGGGAAUCGGAUGCUGUGUCAGUCUGUGCAUUUCAGAAGCAUUAUGUAUGUACUUUUGACUUUAUGAACUUGUCUGCUUUCAGCAUUAUAAAAGGGAUGGUUUUAUUGACUUGUCACCUUAGAUUUUGCUUGUUUCAUUUGAAAUGAAAUGUGCCUCAAAACAAUUUAUGAUUCAACUUUUUAUAUAACGCUAAGGAGUUGUAUAUCUGCUAAUGUUUUGUCAGUAAUCUUACACACUAAGCACCUCAUUAAGUAAAAAGCACUUUUUGAUAAAGUCCUUUUCCUCCUCAGUUUUGGUCAAUUCAGUCAACCUUCAGAUGAGCUUAUUAAAGUUUAGACUGACCAGUGGAAUUUGAGUGCUUCAACAUUUUUUUUGCCAAUUAUUGUGUUGCAAGGAUUUUCAAGUACAGUUAGGCAUUAGUACUUCUCUUCUAUGGACCAAUUAACCAUGAGACAUAGGAGGAAGAAGGUUGGGGGGAGACACUGCAGCAGCUGGAUGUCUUCUGGUGUGUUACUGACAAUAAUACAGUAAUGAGGUAAGACUGACCUUGCACAUCCAUGCGUCCUCUGACAGUUUCCUCCCACAACUGCUCAUCCUCAGUGAGAAAAGAAGUGCCUUGGCAAAGAUGAUUUUCUAAUUCCUUCAUAAAUCACUAUCGUCACAAGCCAUAAUGAAAACAAAGAUCAUGUAAGAACAAGGGCCUCUCUUUCAGAAGGUGUAGAAAGCAAUAGAUUGAAUAAAAGAACAGAAAAAAGAAGGCAUGGUGGCUGUUGGUUCUUUCUGUUGUUAGACAUGCUUUGCUUCAUUUCUUUCUCAGGUUUGUCUUGUUUUAUCAUUCAUGCAAAGUGCUGUUUUCACAAACUGAACAUGCAGUACAUGCUUCCUGUCACAACAGAGUCCAGGUCAAAACCGUCUCCAGAAGUUUUUGCUUUUCUGUAUGCAGCCUUGCAUGACCUUCCUUCCUUACUGUAUGAUGGAGCUAUAGGUCGCCAUGGUAACUGUGGUUGUCAGUGGCAACAUAGUAACAAUAGCGUUGCAUAUUGUUCGUGGGCCGGUUGAGCUGCAUGGGAAUCAGCAAAUGUUUCUGCUGAUCUUUUCCUCCUCCGCUCUGGCCGUCAGCUGUGCGCUACUGAUCUAUGUUGUCAAAAACUUACUAGAAGUCUUAUUGUGGUCUUCUCACACAGGCGACCUCCUUCCCGUCCCAGCCACUGGUGAAGGGAACACGUGCUGUAUGUUUCCCACUAACUCUGUAACCCCUCAGUGACUCAGCCAGCAGAUGCUGGAAGAAUCUGCUCUGCCUGGUGCCGUGCCAGUUUCUCUUCUCUAAAGCUGUUUCCUGUGUAAACUUUAGAAUCUGUUGAUGCUUUAUUGUUUGACAUUGAAGGAGGAGAAUGAUGCAAAAAUAAUGGACAUACAUUUUGAGGGUAGUUGUAGUCAAAUGUUGGGGUUGUCUUAGUCCACAAUGAAAA